AUGGGAACAAUUUUUUAUCAUCCAUCGUUAUUUUUAUCAUCAACAGUUUAUAUGUCAAAUCAAACAUCAAUUGAUUAUUUAAAUUCUAGUAAUAAUCAUAUUGUAAAUUUAUUUAUACUUGUUGGUGUAUGGAUUAUUUUAAUAAUUACAAUUGUUUUUGGUACAACAGGAAAUAUUCUUGUACUUCAUGUUUAUAUAAAACGAAAUGAUAAUAAAGCAUGUACAUUUUUUAUUAAAAUGUUAGCUUUUGUUGAUUUAAUCAUAUGUUUUAUAUUGGCUCCAUUAGAAUUAUAUCAAACAACAACAGGUAUUCAUAAUGAAUUUUUUUGUAAAAUCUAUGGUUUUUUAAAUACUCAUGUACUCUAUUCAACAUUUCUUAUAACAACAAUUGCAUUUGAUAGAUAUUUUUGUAUAUGUUGGCCAUUAUAUAAAAUAAUAACUAUUCAUCGUGCACGUGCUAUUGUUAUUAUAUGUGGUAUUUUAUCAACUUUAUUAGCUAUAAUACCAAUGAGUGAAUAUUCAACAAUCGAUCAUAUAUUACGUAUUCAUAAUAAUCAUUCAGAACAAUUACCAAUUGAAACUUAUGAUGAAUAUGAUUUACCAGUUUAUACACAUGUUGAAAAUAUUAAAACAAGUGUAUAUAUAUUACCAUUUAUAAUUGUUAAUGCAACACAUGUUAAAUGUAGUCCAAGAUUUAGUUUACGUCUUGAUUUAUCAAAUUUUUUAUAUGCAUAUAGAAUAUUUCAUUGUACAUUAUUUGCUAUAUGUAUUAUAAUUGUAUUAAUCUUAUAUUCAUUUAUAUAUAAUGCUGUUUAUCAACGUCGUCGUACACGUUCAAAAAGAUUUUCUACAUAUAGAAAAAUUCUUCAUUCUUAUUUAACAAAUACUGAAACAGAACAUGAAGAAAUUAAUCAAAAUUUAUCAUUAACAUAUAUAUGUUGUUAUUGUUGUAAUAAAGUACAUAGAAAAAUAUCUCGACAAUCAAUUUUACAUCGAACAUUAAAUAAUCAAAAUAAAAUUAAAUAUUUUAAUCAUAAACAAACAUAUUAUAUAAAUAAAAAAAAUCCUGAAAAUAUUAGUUUAGAAAUAAAUUCAACAUGUGAAAAACGUUAUUCAGCUACAUCAAUGACAUCAAUGACAUAUUUAACUAGUGGAAUAUGGGAUGAUCCAUCAUCAACAAAUUUAAUACGUUCAAGAAUUAAUUCAAUAGCAGCUGUUAGUUAUUGUGGAAUGGAACAUUCAUCAACAAGUCGACCAUCAACAUCAACUGAAGAUUCAUUUGAUCAAACAUCUAAAUUAUUAACAUUGAAUAAUAAUUUAUCACAAACAAAAUUAAUAACAUCAUCUAAUUUAACAUAUUUAACUGUACCUAAACAAAAAACAAUAAUAUCAUCUUGUUCAAAUGAUAGUGAUUUACAAGGAAAUACAUCACAAACAAAAGUUUUACUUCAACCACCAAUUGUAAGAAAACCAAGUAAUACAUUAUCUAUUCGACAACAACAACCAUCUGAAGCAUUUGUUAAUCAACGAAAAGUAUCAUUUAUGACAUCGCAAAUAACUGGUGAUUGUUGUAUUAUUGAAGAUCCAUCAAGUAUAAAUCAACAAUUAAAUUCAACUCCAUCACCUAUAGUUAAUAUACAUAAUCAACGUUCAUUAUCAACAACAUCAUCAUCGAUUGAUCCAACAGGAAGAAAUUCUGUUUCAUCAAAACGUCGUACAUCAGGAUUUGAUAGAGAAACUCAACGUAUAUUUGAACGACAACAAAGACAAGAACAUUUAGCAAAUAUUCGAACAACAUUAACAUUAUUUAUUGUUACAGCAACUUUUAUUCUUAUGUAUUUACCAUCUAUUAUAAUUACAUUAUUCAAUAUAAAACCAAAUGAAUAUCGUGAAGUUUUAUUUUUACUCUAUUACAUUAAUAGUGCAUGUAAUCCAAUAAUAUAUUCAUUUUUUAAUGUUAAUUUUCGUAAUGAUGUUCGUCGUAUUUAUGAAUGUCAAAAACAUGUAUAUUUAUCUUGA